UCUGAUUUCCCAUAAUCCACCGAGAAGCUGACGUCAUGUGUUUUGUCAUAGGACAGGGAAGAAAGUGAAACGCAACUGGAAAAGCAGGCGCAGCAGGGGGCUGAAAGUCUCCACAAACGGUUGUAAUAUUAACCGUGUGAGUGUGAAAGUCUCCUUACCAAGAGGGGAGAGGCACCAGGGACCAUGAGUGAGAAUGGCCCUCGUACAGAGGCGCCUAUGUAUUUCGAGGUCGAGGUGGAUCACCUGGAAGAAGAAGAGGAAGACAAGAUCCACUUUGAUAAAGAUGAUCUGAUUGUUGAGCCACCGCCGUCAUCGUCUGGCCGGGUUUACGACCGCACUACGGUGCUCAUUGAGAGGGACCCAAUUCGGCUGGAUGAGGAGGGCGAGGAGGAGGGUCACUGUGGAGGUGAUGAAGAUGGUGUGACCUUCCUAACCGAAGGGGAGGGUGAUGAAGAAGAUGGCUCUUUGGCCUUUAUGUCAGACCAUGAUGCCAUGUCACAAGGUUAUGUACACCACACCAUUUCACCGGACCAGAUCCAAUUCACAAUAAAUCCAGGCUCCACUCCUAUGCCACGUAACAUUGAGGGGGCAACACUCACCCUGCACUCUGAGUGCCCAGAGACAAAGCAGAGGGAGGUAAAACGUUACCAGUGUACGUUUGAGGGCUGCACAAGGACAUACAGCACGGCGGGCAACCUGCGGACACACCAAAAGACGCAUCGGGGCGAGUACACAUUUGUGUGUAAUCAACAGGGCUGUGGAAAGGCCUUCCUCACCUCUUACAGUCUCAAGAUCCAUGUCAGAGUCCACACGAAGGAGAAACCCUUUGAGUGUGAUGUGCAAGGCUGUGAGAAGGCUUUCAACACACUUUACAGGCUAAAAGCACACCAGAGACUUCACACAGGCAAGACAUUCAAUUGUGAAUCGGAGGGAUGCACAAAGUACUUUACCACGCUCAGCGACCUGAGGAAGCACAUUCGCACACACACUGGGGAGAAACCAUUCCGGUGUGACCAUGAUGGCUGUGGCAAAGCAUUUGCUGCAAGUCAUCACCUGAAAACACAUGUACGGACGCACACAGGGGAGAAGCCAUUCAACUGUCCAAGUGACGGCUGUGAGAAAACUUUCAGUACCCAGUAUAGUCUCAAGAGCCACAUCCGGGGCCAUGACAAAGAACAGACCUUCAGCGUCACCCUCACCCAUCCGCUGUCUGAAGAUGCAAAUCACUCACUGUGCCUCAGUGACCUAAGCCUCAUCUCGACAGACUCAGAAGUACGAGAAAAAGUCCCAAAUGGUCAGAAUUUUGUCAUCAGCAGUGCGACACCUGUGAAAAUCUUUGAGCUUAUGUUCCAGAGUCCUGAAAAUAGUGUCAGUCAAGAUGGUGGUCAUCCAAAUGAAAGCCUUGCUGAACCCUGCAGCCUUGAAACCCCCACUGACCCAAGAGUGACUGAUGCCUCGCCUCUCAUCUCCUCUUUGAAUCCUGCCUCCUCCUGUUCCCACUCAGUUCCAGUCUUGGAUGUUGCUUCUCAGUUCAGCUCCAACACCUCCACUCAGACCUCCACUUCUGCUUCUCUCAGUGCUGCUGUUAGCUGCAGCCAGCCUUCUGCCUUCAUCCAAGUAACAGACCCUCCGCAGAUUCCAGAUGUGUCUGUGCAAGCACCAAGCCAUGUCACUCCUCAGCACUACGUGGCUCUGCCUCCCACGUUCCUGCAGGCAGAUACUGCUGCACAGUCUACUCAUCCAACGCUGACGACCACAUUGCCGUGCACAGCUGCCGUUUCUGUUGUUGCAGCCAGUACAACAGAUAGCACGACAGCUGUGACAGCUCAACCAGUGCCUUUAGCUACUAACCCAGUACCAGUUUCUGGACCAGGUCUGGCUUCCACCCCUACCACCAUCACCAUUGCACCCACUCAAAACCUCCUGCAACCCAACUUGGUCAUGUCUGACCAGAACCUACAGUGGAUCCUCAGCAGUGCUGCCAACAGCCAGCAGAACCAAGACCAACCAUCACAUCAAGCAGCUCCAAAAGUGGAAAAGGUUUUCUUCACCACUGCCAUACCAGUUGGAGGAAAUGCAGGCAGCUCUGUCCAACAGAUUGGUCUCAGCCUGCCCGUCAUCAUCAUCAAACAGGAGGAGUCCUGCCAGUGCCACUGCUCCUGCAGGGACUCUGCUAAAGACGCAAGCGUCUCCUCCACUGCUAAUGUCUCCACACUGCCGCAGUCGUCCGAGCCGCCUCCUCCCAAGCUGUCACAGCACCCAGACCCUCCUCCCAAUCCAGUCUCCUCCUCACCCUCACACUGCCUCCCUGAGGCUCCCUCUACAUUGGCUGAAGUUCAGCCGGAGGUUCCCCCUCCUUCUUCAUCUCAGACUUUCCCCACUGUUAUGAGCAGCACUGCUACCAGCCAGUCUCCGUCUGCCUUGACGAGUAUGGAUGUGUCAGACUUCCUCUCCCUACAGAGCCCCGAGUCAACUGCCAGCAUUGAGGCGCUGCUGCUUGUUGCUGAUGAUUUUUACAGGGCCACCCAAAGUAACAGAAAUCCCUAAAAGAGCUGCCAGUGUAGUGUCUUAUGUUUGUCUGUAUCCACAUCCUCUCCUUCUUCUCAGUGGUUGCCUAUGUUUGUUUGUUUGUUUUCUGUACUGAGAGCACUGCACAACCCCUCUCUCCAGUGCAUUCUGCUCUCUUUGGCAUUAUAAUCAGGAGCUGUGGAUCAUUUAGUCUUUUGUUGAGCUUUCACAAGCAGUAUUAAUAUAGCGAGGUUAUUGCGCCGUAACACGAGGAAAAGGCAGUCUACUUAAUGGUGAAGCAGUCAAACUGUAUAUAGCAACCCAUGAAAUCAAUUCUGAAUUGAUUGUAAUGAGUGAGUGUUGUCUAAGCACUGAUACUUCGAGUUUAAGCAAAACUUGAGUUGUCUGUCAAUCUUUGUACUGUACUUCAUGACCUAACAUACUUAAAGUCAGUGCAUGGCUGACAAGAAUGCACUGUAUAUUAGAGUAAUAUUCUGUAGUUUCAUCAUGUUGUUUCUAAUAGGAAUUUGAAGGGUUGGUUGUUUUGUUUGUUUUUUUUUCUCAUUUUGCAUGCAGUGCCAGAAUUACAAGUGUUUUUUUUUUUUUCUUUCAGUAAUUUUUUCUUAGAAUGAGUGUAGUCCAGAAAAGUGUUUUCUUUAUGCUUUUGAUUUUCAAAACGUGUGAUCAGACCUGCCUGUCUGUUUAAAAGAAAUAUGGCAAAACAUAGAUAAAUUACCUAAUAACUUAAAUCUAAUAUUUAAUUUGUAUGUGAUAAUUUAUUUAAUUGUUAAUUCUUCAGUUAUACUUUUACUAUUGAAAUUAACAAAGUACAUUAAUAUAUUCCAAUGUUGAUUUCAGCACAACUGUUAUGUUACUGUUUUAUGAAAGUACAGUGGGAAUUGCUAAAAGCAGCUCCCAUCGUAGACUGCAUAAUACAGCAAAUAAUCCUCAUGGGUCUGCCGAUUUGCAAAAAUUGUCUAAUGAAGCAUUGAUGAAUUUCAACAUCCCAUACGUUUUCUCGGGUUAUGACCCACUCAGGGAUGCAUUAUGUCAUAACUGGUCCUGGUUGCAUUAGUUGUUGGACAUUUCCUUGACAGAAGCCCCACACUUGCAGUAGCCCUACGUUUUGCUGCACUCUUCCCUGCUUAUUGCACACUAACGUCAUAAGUGAGUACUCUCACUACUUGUUAGCUGAGGUGCAGCACCACUAGACUUUUUGUACACAACUGCUGUAAAGUAGAGUUUAAAAUGGUGUCCUGGUGACCGUGUAAAUACAGUACAUUUUAGUGUAAACCUCUUUGGAAAAACUUGUCAAUUGUUCUAGAGUUUGUAUUUUUGUAUAGAUUUUCAAAUCACCAACUGAUACCUGGCCCUGAUGUUGAUCUUCUAUCCUUGCAUAGUUAUUCUAAGCAGACAGCUUCAUUUAUGCAGGUGUUGAAUAAUUUUUCAAACCACUGGGCAUCUGUACAGUUUAAGUAAAUUAUUGUAACAUACACCCUUGUGCUCAGAGUAUAGUUUAACAGUAUUGUUUCACAUGGGACGCAAUGCAAUUUAUUAUAGUGCACAUGAAGUAUGGUGGUGUAUAACUUCUUAGGCUUACAUGUUUGGGGCCAUGUUGCCUUGGCAGACUGUGCUUUAGAAAUCCAAGCAUGUUCCUCUUUGGAAUCUGUCAGCUUCCAGCAACACAUCAUUAGCUGUGUUUAUGUGGACAGCAAUAUUCUGAUAUAAAAUCAAGACAAUACCCUAAAUAAACCACUGCCUUGCAAAUGGAAUUUUCUGAUUACCUUAGCCCAAAUGAGGUCAUCAGAGUAAGCAAUAAUCGAAUAAAGCCCAAUCAAUAUGGUUUUUUGGGGGGACAGAGAAGAUACAGAUGGGGGAGUAAAAAAUUUAUGAUGUGUAUUUAUUUUUUUAAGGGCAAUAAUUGGUAUCAUUUUAUUAUUAAACCCCAAGGACAAAGAAAUGUAAUUGAGACUUUGUUUCUCGGUUUAAAUAUGAACUUGAUAACUACAGUAUAACUAACCACCAGUCAAUGUACUUCACGUUGCCUUCACUCGGAAUGGCACUUGGGAUGGCCCAUCACCCAGCAUUUGCAUAAAAUAGACUUGUCUGUUUUGACCUCGCCGAGCUGGUGGCAUAGCAAACACUCAUUGCACAACUUCUAUUCUGUUUGAAAAUGAAUGCGGGAUGAUCAGUUUGCUUUCAUCUCUUAUAGCUAAUGUGAUCAUGGGGUAAUGGGGGCCCAGCUAUGCUUGAGAGCAUUGUUAACAAUGCUGUCUGCUACAACUGCCAACAUACAAAGGAUUUUUUUUAUCCUGCAUUGUUAAUUUGACAAAAUAAGAGUUUUCAUAUCACCAACACCAAUCUGUGAACGACUCUUCUCAGCCAACCGUUAUCCAUCUAGCUCUACUAUUUAAGACUGAGAUAAUGUGCAUUGUAUUCAUACAGUCACCUUAAUUGGACAGUGGUGUUCUAUUGGGAGUUUUCACAGCAUUUUGCAUCGCAAAGCAUAGGGAACAUAACAUGGCUGUAAGCCAUUAAUCAGACUGUGUUCAGUAACGUAAACAGGAAUAUUCAAAAACAACUUUAACACUGUCAUCUAAAUAUAGUCUUACUUAGAAUGUCAGAUUAUUGCAGUCCAUGUAAACAGUGAGGCGACAGUACUGGGGAGGGAACAAAGUUUUUUGAGAAUUGUGAUAAACUCCAUGUAUACAGUUAGUGAUGCAUGUGAGGUGACUUUGUUUCACUUCUAGGGUUUAAUGCUGCAUUCCAGACAAAGUUGAAUGUUGGAAUUGCACAGUUGACAAUUCUCUCUUCUGAUCUCAGAGUUUUUUUUCAUCCUUGACAAACUAAACAAACAUGGUUGUUUGAACAAAAAUGUACGUUUCCUGAACGUUACACACAAAUAUUGACUACAUAGAAAAGUGCACCUGCAGCACUGACAGCAUAUUUAGAUGGUACGUGACAUGUCAGUCAUAUGCAGGAAAGUUACUUUGAUCUGUUGACAGAGCAGCUGCAAACAGAUACUCUGGUUCAGGCACUGUUCAGUUAUGCCCCCCCCAUGUGCAUCUGGGAAUUUCAAAUUCAGAGUUGCCUGGAGUGCAGUAUAAUAUACACUUAAAUUGCUGUCCAUGUUUUUAAUUCACAUUUGGCUUGCUGGAGUUGAACUUGCUUUUAAGGCACAGGUGUCAUUGUGGAGGUCUCCAUUCACACCUUAGUCGGUUCUGGAAUAUCAUCUGAAGCUGGUUUACUAAAAAAAAACAAAAAAAACAAAACUGGUCGAGUUAUUUUCAGAAGGACUCAGUCUAUACACUCAUACAUACUGAACACAACUAUGCAAUUUGAGUACGGCAUUCACAAAUUUCAAGUACUGGUGGCUACAAGACAUCAAACCCAUCAUUCUGCUUGCGCAUUGUAUGCACAACUUAGGCAAACUUUGGUAAAAGUUGCAUUUCCAAACAUAAGCAUGUUUUGUGGUGUUAAAUGUUAUGUUGCUUUUCUUUUGUGUCCACAUUUUCCUGCGAGUGUUGCACCAUAGCUCAUCCAAUGUGCCAGUUUGCCUCCACUGGUUUAGACCCACUAAAUGUGUUGGUCCAGAUGAAAGGCUUUACCUUUAUUAAAGUCUAAGAUCACAUUUAAUUAGCAGGAUUGUGUUAGAGAAAUAUUUUGUCCCAUCUUUACUAAUGAGAAAUCAAUGCUGCCAAUAUCCAAUUAGUAAAGUUUUUUCCUCUUUUGCUUUGAUGCUGCAGUUUGUGAAAUAUAGUUAAUGUCAAUUCAGUAAUGGUGACAUUUAUUUGGAAGCAGGUUACUACAGUGGUUUGAUGCCUCAGAUUUAGCCGCAGAGACAAAACGAAAACUAUGCUUCAGAAAGAAUGUCUUGACCCAAAGAGUGAGGAAAAGUUGAGAAUUUGUAUUUUUUUUUUCCCCCAAAGAAUGUAUGUGAAUUUUUUUUUUUGUAUGUACCAGUGGUUAAAAAAAAAAAAUCUAUUCAGGAAGGCAGGCAUUGUUUUUUUAUAACAUCAGCUGUGUUCUGCCAGUAAAGUUGUGGCACUUAAUCAAAAAAAAAAAAAAAGGCAAUACUUGGUUCCUUGAGAGUAGCUUUAGGAACCACUGGUUCUUUAAAUUAAUGAAAUAUAACUUUUAAUUGAGAGCAAUAUAAUACUAAUAAAUCCUUAUCCUUGUCA